CUGAUUGCGGGGCUUCUUUUCAUCUUCUGCCGCAUCAAAGGGUCAUUUCGGCCGCGGCGCUGAGAAUGAAGUGAUCACCCGCAUCGCGUCACCUGCAUUCUUACAUCUACAUUGAAGCUUUUCACCCACAGCAUGACCAUGAAGAACAGCAAACCGAUUGCUCUGGAUCGGCGCGAUAUUCAUUCCCUCCUGGAUCUGAUCGGUGGCUUCGGUGCCGUAGUCGCCGUGGGGAUCAUUGCCAUGCUGUCGGUGUGCGCUGCGUUCUUCAUUUACCGAUCCUUCAGAGGUCAGCGCGGGAAGGGCGACGAGAAUAACGGGAACGAAACGGCGGUAGCAACGGGUGAAGGGAGCUCGGCUCGGAGGAGGAAAAGAGAGAGGGGUGAUGAUCGACCUACCGAGUCAACAGGAGAAUGUCAGGAUGGAAAGCAGGAGUGUUGCAGCGAAUCCAGUAACCUCUCAGACACAGACAACAUGCUCCUUCCUACUGAGAUAUCAGAGAAAGACCUGAAUGAAAGCACUCUCAAAGACUUGGAGGAUAUUACAGAUGAGCUUCUAACGGACUUAGAACCUGAAAUGCGAGACAAAACGGAUUCUGAUCUGGAUCAGUGUGUAGGAAUGGAUCCUGACGAAAACACGGUAUGUGAGGAUCAUAUUCAGCAUGAGGAUGAUGAUGAUGGUGGUGGACGUGAGGUUUUGGCUGAUGUGAGUGUACGAUCGACGCAAUUAGAUUGUCAACAUGAGGAAAUUGAGGAAUAUCUCGACAAAUCUGAGACGGGACUGAGUGGAGACACAGAUGAACCAUCUGAAACUGAAAGCGCUCAGGAGAUCAUUUAUCAGAGACAUCAAGUUCAUGUCACUACUCAAAGCAGUUCUUCUUCAGACCAAACGGUUAAACCAUCCAAUCCUAGUAAGAUCCAAUUAGAGGAAGACAACAAGAUGUCAACGGUGGAGGAAGCAAACAAGAAGUUUGAAGAUCACCAUGACUGGCGUUUUCCACGAACGAAUAACUUAGAUUGCUGUUGCUAUGAUAAUAAGUCUAUGGUCAACCACAGCAACAGGUUCGACUUCCACAACUACUUGGGCUUCCACCCUGAUAAUACCUUCCUUGUUGGGUCUUCAACACAGGUGAGCCUCUCACACGAGUCUGGUGAGAAGAAAACCAAUGAAGAUAGUGCGUCAAUGGAGAAAAAACAUGAAAAGAAUGAGAUUAGCAUCAUGGAUGCCAUUAUGGACAAUAACGAGUGGCUAAAUGUAGGGGCACCAGAGUUCAGAGAUCGUCCCUGGCUUACGCCAACUGCAACCAGCACUGAAGAAAAACAGACACAAUGGGGAAAAGAAGGGCAAGUCAAGACUGGUUUAGCCAAAGAGGACGAAGAACUGGCGAAUAAAAGAGUAGCAACUGUUCCGCCUUUAUCGCAAGUGGUUAACGUAACCUUCAGGAUUCACUACAUCACAUACUCUCCUAGCCAGCUGGUGGCUGUUACCGGGAGCCUGCGGGAGUUGGGGGCCUGGGAGAGUUUCGUUCCACUCCACAGAGCCAAGGACGGAUUCUGGGCCAACACUAUCACCCUCCCCGUGGAGAGCCAGAUGGAGUGGAAGUUCGUCCUGGUGGAUGAUGGAAGGAUCACUCGCUGGGAGGAGUGUGGAAACCGCUAUCUAUUUUUAACAAGUCAAGAUGAAGAAGUCUAUCUUGACAAGUGCUGGGGAUGUUGCUGAACUCAGAGGUGACUAUCUACUAAAACUCUUAAAAAUAAAGGUUCUUUAUUGGCAUCUAUGGUUCCAUGAAGAACCAAAACAUCCAUGGAACCUUUCCUGUUCAUCGAAAGGUUCUUUGAGGAACCCAAAAUGGUUCUUCUAUGGCAUUGCUGCAAAAAUCACCUUUAAAGGCCUGUUCACACUGAGAAUGAUAACUAUAACGAUAACUACAUUAACGUACAGCGCACAAUAUCAUUCUGUUUAUUAUAAGCACGUGCUGCAGUUAUGUCUUCUAACGCUUUAAAUGCUCGAGCUCUUAUAGCAGAAUCGAUUCUGAUUGGCUCAAUGAUUUUAUCAUUCAUCUGAAAAAAAAAAUUGCUCGGAAAUUGAUUUCAACGAUAUUGUUUGUCUGUGUUAUAGUUGUGGACUCUGCUAUUCUUUUAUAUUUAGAUUGAUUUUUAGAACUAUAUCUUUAUCAUCAUAGUUAUCGUCCUUGGUGUGAACAAGCCUUUAGAACCUUUAUUUUUAAGACUGUAGGGCUGCACGAUUAAUCAAAAAAAAUUAAAUUGCAAUAUCACUGCACUAAAACUGCUUCACACAAACUCAAUCUCUGAAUCACAUGCUCUGAGUUUGGGUAGCUUUAACGUGCAAUUGGGAACGCAACAUGCGCAAAACAAUCUUCACAUACUUGUAAAUGAGAAGCUCUUAAUAAAAGAUAAAUAAAAGAGAAACUUUAAGGGCUCCCUGCAGUUUAACUUCAAAUUAAAAGUUUGAUUAUUUAAUGUUUAAAAAUAAAAAAUGAAGACAGCCAUAAAUAUUAGUAUUGUAAUUUUAUGGUUGUAAAUUAAUAUUAUGUUAUACCAUUUUUUUAUUUUACAUUGAUAUAUUACAAUAGUAAUAUUUAUUGUUUUAUUUAGUAAUUUUUAUAUUUUAUUUAGUAAUAUAAUAAUAAUAAUAAUUAUUAUUAUUAUUACUAUUAUAAAGCAAUAUUGAUGUAUAAUCACAAAAUUCUGGCCAAAUUGUGCAGCCCUACAAAUAAGCACAGCAUCCCUGGAUUUUUUUAAAUUGCAUUUUAAAUGACAAACGCAAUUUAUAUCAGAAAAAAUUCCCUCCAAAUCGUGCAGCCCUACUAUCUUCUUCCAACUCUAUACAGCAAUAAUAAUCCAUAGUGCAUUAUUGAAAUCCAGUAUGUAAGAUUAUAUUACAAUAUUAUUGAUUAUUAAUGAAUCAUUUCAAUAAAGCAUGAGGCUGUGGAACUGUUACUAUAGCAAUAAGAUUAUAACAAUUAUAACAUAUUACAAAUAUGCACUUUUUUACAUCAAUAAGUGAUAUGUGUGUGUUAAAUAUAUAUACAAUUGUACUAAAAGUGUCUGCCCUUAAAACUAUAAUCCUGUAACAGCGACGUACCAAAAUUAAGAAAAUUCACAAAAAAAGUCUUUCAUGUAUAAAGGAAAAUCUGAAUGCUUCCAGAGGCUGAAACAUCUUUUUUAACGUUUAUCUCCAUUCUGAAAAUGAUUUAUGUGUGCACAAUUAACUUUAGGCUGGAAACAUACUCUAUGCAAGUGCACAAAUGCCAACGUGAACGCUUGGUUGAUGCAAAUAUGCAGUCCCACUGUACAUAUAUAUAAGAAAACAUCAAUUCUCAGGGGGAGUUUCCUUCAAAUAUUACUGAAUUUGUUAUUCAGGUUUCUAGCUAUGCACUUGUUGACUCUGACUAACUCUAACUAUAUUUUUGUUAAAGUAACACCGAAGCAGAGUUUAAGUUAAUGAGAUAAUUAAGCAUUUAAUUAAGUGAUGAUUGAGCAUUAGUGAUGAACACCUGCCGUUAACAAGCAGAAUCACUGAAGAAAAGAGAACCACAAGAACUACAGCUGACUUCAGCCACAACCUUAGAUGAAAUCAACUGAAGAUAAAAGAAGACAUUAAAUCUCUCAAGAUCUCAGCAGAGGAGGAUUAAACAACUCCACAAACAGCAUUACCAGCUUCACUUAUUACUAACCAGAUUGACUUUAUUUCUGUCAUUUGUCUACAGAAACUCUUAUUGAGAAUUAACAGAAGUUUAGAUGUUGAUGUUGAUUUUGCUGUGUCUGUUACGACAGUAUUUGAUCUAAACAAGAAAACUGAAUGCAGAAGAAGUCAAUUUGUGCUAAUGCUCGCUAUAGCGUCCCUUGUGGUGACACUGACGCUGCAUCCAAAAUCGAAUACUUCCCUACUAUAUAGUAUGUGACAAACAAUACACCAACAGAGUAUUAUGUCUGAAUGCAUAGUAUUCGAAAAACAGUAGGUGAAAAGUUCCCAGAUGACCUACUACUUCUACUUCUCAGACAAUAUGUGAUUUUGGAUGCAGCGUGAGAAUACAACAUGUAGUUUUUCUGCAUUUUGAAUCUUCACUCUGAGAGAAAAAUAUUAUUUUAAGAACUGAUCACCGUAAAGGUUCUUUGAGGAAAACUUCUUCUAUGGCAUCGCUGUGAAAACCCCAUUUUGGAACCUUUAUUUUUAAGAGUGUUGCUCUGUUGUAACAGUAUUUGAUCUAAAAGAGGAAAUUGAAUGCACAAGGGACACUAAUGCCUGCUAUACCGCCCCUUGUGGCGACACUGAGAAUACAACAUGUAGUUAUACUGCAUUUGGAAUGACUGACACAUUUCAGAACACAUUUCAGCCUGAACUGCUAGAAACUUUAGCGUUUACUUACUUGCAUAGAGUAUCUUUCAGGCCUGUGAUAUGAUUGUCCAGUAUGCUUUGAAUGCUUUGUGAACUGCUUGAGCAAUGCAGAACACAGACCAGCCAAAAAACACAACUUUCUUUGUAGCAGUUUGGCAUCCUACUCUGACUGUAAUAUGUUAAAUGCUGACAUAAAAUCAUCUAAAUCUUUCCAAAUCCCAGCCUGGACUGUUCGCAUACAGCCUUUCCUCAAAUCACAAGCUAAACAGCUGCUGUAUCUUUGAUUCUAUUACACCAUUUAAAUGUGUGACAAUGACAUCAGCGUUCCUGCUGACGAUAUCACUGUAGCUUUUUGUUUGCCAUCACUGUCAACUGCAUGUAGCAGACUCUCAUUUAGUCCAUACAGAGAUUUUAUGCUUUUUAUUUUAGGUAGCAAUGAAUUAUAAAAAUGUGAAUAUAUUUUUAUUGUUUCACAACGACUGCCUUAAAAUGAAUAACCUUUGCUGCUUACAGUUUUGAAUGAACAUGUUUAUUUGUCUUUUUUGUUUUUCUGUGAAAUUCAGGUGUAAUACUGUUUCUGACCUUUAAACUUAUGUUUAACUGUCAAUCAGUAAAUGUCACUCAGCAAAUGACUUAAUUCAAUAAAAUAAAUUAUUAUAUUGACAA